GACACACAAUUGCAAAUGGGAUCACGUGAAUCAAAACCAGCUGGAGUACUGGAUGAAGCAUGGAGGACAUUUGACUGGAGACAGAAGGAAGUACUGAAAGAACGUCUAGAAAAGUUUACUCCGAGUAAUCCAGAUGUGACAAACAUCAAGAUCCUGGUGGCUGGACAAAUUGGAGCAGGGAAGUCCAGCUUUAUUAACUCUGUUCUUAGUGUCUUUCAAGGGGAAAUAGUUAAUGAAGCAAUAGCUGAUACUUCAUCGUCAGGCCCCUGUCACAGUUUCACAAAAAGACUGAGAACAUACCGCAUCAGAAGUGCAGAUGCAGAUUUGCCUUUUGAAUUAUGUGACAUGAAAGGUUUAGAACCUGAUAGAAUACCUGACUGUCAACCAGAUGACAUUGUGAACAGCAUAUAUGGACAUGUGAAGGAGGGAUAUAAAUUCGAAGAGAAAUCCAUUGCUCGCGACGAUGAACAUUACAAUCAAAACCCUUCACUGUCUGAUCAAGCCUUCUGCCUAGUUUACGUCAUAGAUGCAAGUACAAUCCAACUCGCUGCAGAUGAUAAGAUAAUCACAAAGAAACUGAGGCUCAUUCGCCAGACCAUCAGUGAUAAAGAGAUUCCUCAAGUGAUUGUCAUGUCUAAAGUGGAUGAAGCCUGUCCUCUGGUCAAAAAAGAUCUAAAGAUGGUCUACAGAAGCAAGAAAAUCAAAGAGAAGAUGGAGUUGUGCAGUGCCAAAAUGGGUGUUCCAGUGAGCUACAUCUUCCCAGUGAAGAACUAUCAUUAUGAGAUUAACACAAACGAAGAUGUUGAUGUUUUAAUUCUCAAGGCAUUUGAUCAGAUUGUGCGUUCUGCUGAUACAAGACAGAGGCAUGGUGCUUACAACGUAUGAGUUUUCAGGACAACAAUAAUAGCAUUUAGAGUUUAAUGAAUAUUACAGUAAAUGAACAAAAAUAUAUAAUCUGAAUCAAGACACAUUCCAUGUGCAACAUGGUACAGGUUAUAG